AUGGCUAAGCCAGCAGUCCGAGCCAACAUCAGGCUAUUCACCCCCGCGGUGGCAGCUCUCGCCGCCGCGGCUCCUCGUCCUGACUCAGGCCGGGACGUCGGAAUCGCCUCUGAAUCCGACCCUUCCCGCACCGCCGGCACCGACGCGGCCACCUCCACCGUGAACGCCCUUGACCACACGGCCAUAGCGACUAGCGACGUGGCCGCCGCCGCCGCUACAGCCAAGACGCUGUCUCCGACUUCCAAUGUGAAGGGCAAGGUCUUCGAUCCCAACUGCCAGGCCCUCAUCAAGCAGGGCAUCCCCCUAACCGAGAACUAUGGAGUUGGAACGCCCAGCCAGCCCAACUACAUCUCCCCGGCCAGCGGCGACAUCUUUGGGCUGAACAGCGACAGCUUCGUGCUCGUCAACAAGAACGUCUCCACCAUUGUGGAUCUCCUGGAGGACAAGGGCAUCAGCUGGGGUGACUGCAAUGAGGGCCUCCCCUACUCGGACUUUGACGGCUUCGAGUACUCCAACCCCUCCGAGGGCAACUACGUCCGCAAGCACAACCUGCUGAUGCGCUUCAACUCCGUCGCCGACGACGUCGACCGCGUCGCCAAGGUCAAGAACUUCACCCUUUUCAACGAGAACCUGCGGAACAAGCGUUUGCCCCAGUGGGGCUUCGUCACCCCCAACCUGUACAACAACGGCCACGACACCAACAUUUCGGUCUCGUGCAACUUCACCCGCACCUUCGUGGAGCCGCUCCUGAAGAACGAGUACUUCAACAGCGGGAGCGGCGGCAAGGGCGAAACCCUCGUCUACAUCACCUGGCAGGCCAACGGCCAGAACCCGCUAGCCCGCAACCACGUCGCCGGCAUCCUGCUCGGCUCGGCCGUGCCCGAGGAGAAGCGCGGCACCAACGACACGGCCUUCUACAACCACUACAGCGAGCUCUCCCAGACGGACGACAAGAUCCGCGCCUGGGACGACGCCAUCGCGGGCGACUCGUUCCAGAACUACUACUGGAACCAGAGCUACGACAGCGUCUUCAGUAGCGCCACCAACACCAGCCACGUCUACGUCCGCCCCAACCUCGGCCUCGUCCACAACGGCCGCACCGUCCUGCCCUCCGUCGUCAGCACCUAG